AGGGCAUUCAAAAACAAUCAUUGAGUGAUAGUUUAAAUAUAUGUUUUCCAAAAAAGGGAAACCAUGGGAACAGCGUUAUCAACCAUAGUAGAAGUAAUGGAAGAAAAAAGGAAAAGGGAGGAAGAAGAAGAAAGGAAAAGGGAGGAAGAGAGGAGGAAGGAAGAAGAAAGGAAGAGGGAGGAAGAGAGGAGGAAGGAAGAAGAAAGGAAGAGGGAGGAAGAGAGGAGGAAGGAAGAAGAAAGGAAGAGGGAGGAAGUGAGGAGGAAGGAAGAAGCUAAAAAAAGAAAAAGGGAGGAGGAGAAGAAAAAAAUAAUGGAAAUGAUAGAUAGAAUAAUUGAUAAACAGAUUAAAAAGGCUGACAAAAAGAUUGGUCACUUCCUCAACAGUGUCAGUAAUGACCCUGGCAACGGAGGCCAUGGCUUUGAUAGCGGUAGUAGUAGUAGCAACACUAAUAAUGAUAUCGAAUAUGAAAAUGGGAAGAAGACGACAAAUAGUAGUGCUGACAUUGACAAGAAGACAAAAAAGAAUGAUGACAAUGCAAACCAUACUGGCAGUGACACUGACAAGAAGACAAAGAAGAACGAGGACCAAGCAAACCAUAGUGGCACUGAUAUUGACAAGAAGAAGAAGAAAGGGGAAGUGUGGAUUAAGACGAAGAUAGAGCCUUAAAAGGAACUAAAUGCAUGCAUGCAUGCAUACAGUGUGUGUGUAUUCCAACUAGCUAGCUUUGUAGCUCCAACAUAACAAUACUAUUGGAGGAAGUGCUUUUUAUGUAAGUUAUUUUAGAUAUUUUACAUCAGUUUAAAAGUGGUUGUCAUA